AGCAUUCUUCGUCCAAAGGUUCUUCAGUUGAACUCAUUUCAAACUUGGUUCACCCUUCAAUGAGUUCUACCCACAAUGCGCUGAGAAGUAUCCUCCAGAACCCAAACACGGUGGUUCCCACGUGGCACACGAAACAGCUCCACGCCCAAAUCGUGAAGACGAAACCAACAACACUCGCAUGGAUUUUCCUCAUCAAAUGCUACGCCUCUCACGGCCUCCUCCGCCACUCCCUCGCCACCCUCAACCACAUGCGCGCCUCCGGCAUCUCCCCCGACCGCCACCUCUUCCCUUCCCUCCUCAAAGCCUCCACGCUCUCAAAACACUUCCCUCUCGCCCACUCCCUCCACGCCUCCGCCAUUCGCCUCGGCUUCCACCUCGAUCUCUACACCGCCAACGCCUUGAUCAACAUGUACUCCAAAUUCCCCCCAAACCCUAAUAAUCGCAAUAAUAGUAAUAAUAAUAAUAAAUCCACCGCCAAAAUAGAUAGUGUACGGAAGGUGUUCGACACAAUGCCAGUGAGGGAUGUUGUUUCGUGGAACACCGUUAUUGCCGGUAAUGCGCAGAACGGAAUGUACCAAGAGUCAUUGGACAUGGUUAGGGAAAUGGGGAAGGAAAACCUGAGGCCUGAUUCCUUCACUUUGUCUAGCGUUCUUCCCAUUUUCGCGGAGCAUGUUGAUGUCGUCAGAGGAAAGGAAAUUCAUGGCUAUGCCAUCAGGCACGGGUUUGAUAACGAUGUUUUCAUUGGAAGUAGUCUGAUUGACAUGUACGCCAAGUGUACUCAAGUGGAGCUUUCGGUUCGCGCUUUUUACCUCUUGCCUGUGCGGGACGCCAUUUCGUGGAACUCCAUCAUUGCUGGUUGUGUGCAGAAUGGGAGAUUCGAUCAAGGGCUAGGCUUCUUUCGUCGAAUGUUGGAGGAACAUGUGAAGCCAAUGCAGGUCUCUUUUUCGAGUGUUAUACCGGCUUGUGCUCACUUGACGGCCUUGAACUUAGGGAAGCAACUUCAUGGAUAUAUAGUUAGGUUUGGUUUUGAUGAUAACAAGUUUAUAGCUAGCGCUCUUGUGGAUAUGUAUGCAAAAUGUGGUAACAUUAAGAUGGCUAGGUGUAUUUUUGAUAGAAUAGAGAUGCGUGAGCGUGACAUGGUUUCUUGGACUGCCAUCAUUAUGGGAUGUGCGAUGCAUGGACAUGCUCUUGAUGCGGUUUCCUUGUUUGAGGAGAUGUUAGUAGAUAGAGUGAAGCCGUGUUAUGUGACGUUUAUGGCUGUUUUAACUGCCUGUAGUCAUGCUGGGUUGGUGGAUGAAGGAUGGAAGUAUUUUAACAGUAUGCAAUGGGAUUUUGGUAUUGCUCCUGGCCUGGAGCACCAUGCUGCUGUUGCGGACCUGCUUGGUAGAGCUGGAAGAUUAGAGGAAGCCUAUGACUUUAUUUCUAACAUGGGAGUGCAACCAACAGGAAGUGUGUGGUCAACCUUGUUGGCUGCUUGUAGGGCUCAUAAGAAUGUUGAAUUGGCUGAAAAGGUUGUGGAUAAGAUACUUUUGGUUGACCCUGGAAACAUGGGUGCUUAUGUUAUAAUGUCGAACAUCUAUUCAGCCGCCCAAAGAUGGAGAGAUGCUGCAAAAUUCAGAGUCCACAUGAGGAAAAAGGGCUUGAAGAAAAUUCCUGCAUGCAGCUGGAUUGAGGUUGGAAACAAAGUGUAUACUUUUCUGGCUGGAGAUGAAUCACAUCCACGUUAUGACAAAAUAAACGAGGCGCUGAAUAUCUUAUUGGAGCAGAUGGAGAAAGAAGGUUAUGUCCCUGACACAAAUGAGGUGCUCCAUGAUGUUGAUGAGGACCACAAACGUGACUUAUUACGCACCCACAGUGAGAGACUUGCCAUAGCAUUUGGCAUCAUUAGCACUACUGCUGGUACAACCAUUCGUGUAAUAAAGAACAUUCGGGUGUGUGUGGACUGCCACACUGCAAUUAAAUUUAUGGCAAAGAUUGUUGGCAGGGAAAUCAUUGUGAGGGACAAUAGCCGGUUUCACCAUUUUAAGAAUGGGUCUUGUUCAUGUGGAGAUUACUGGUGAAAUAACAAUUGGAAACCAAGCACGUCAACAUUGUAGCGGCAUAAGCAGGACUAAACUGAGAGGUGGAUUAAAAUGCCACUAAAUCAAUGUAAAAAGCACACACAGUGCGUAAUCAAGUCAAAAUGGGUUAGGAAGUUGUCUGCCGUUCCAUGGGAAAGUCAUGCCGUUGAAAUUCCUUUUGGAGACGAAGUCCAUGUGCUCUCAGCUCAGUAAAGAGGGGGCUCGGGAGUUGGAUCCUGAUUACACUGUCCAAUUUCAUGUAUUUGGUGGAUCAGCAAUCCCUCAUUUCGACCCAAAGGAUGCAGAUUUAAGGGCCAGAAGGUAAAUCCUGAUGUUUAGAUUGCACGAAUACCUUCUCAUAGUUCUUGGAUCUGCAAUCUUAUCAAACAAAUUCACUCGUCAUUUUUAGGAAUAAAUGGGUAAACUUAAUGCACAGGGCUCUAACCAUUUGAUGCCCUGUGGAGGAUCAAAUAUUCACAACUUUAUUCCAGUGAGCAGAGAGGUUGCUUCUGCAAGAUAAAAUCGAGUUAAGAGGGGAAAGUUCAGGGCAUAUAAUCAGACUGGUUAUCAAAAUAAUAAUAUUUUCCUUUCAAAUAUUAAACACGGUUAUAUAAUACUUGAAUUCAAAAUAUAAGUGAUUAAUCUGAAAUGAUCCCUAGGGAUUAAUAACUGACAAAGACCAAAAGGACUUGAAACAGAUAACAAUACGAAUGUUCUUUUGAACUUAUUGUUAAAAAACAUCUAAGGUGGGGUCGGAUUCUCAGGAAAGGAGGCACCGAACCGGAACCAUUAUCAUUGGAUUUCACCAUCGCAGGUUAAACAAACAAGAGAAGAGUGGAAACUGAAGGGAUGAUUAUAAGUUGUAAUUCAGAAAAGAAAUUUCUGUGUGCCUCCUUAUGUACAGUCACAACACUUUCCGACCUAGUUAACUCAAUCACCUAGCACAACCUUAGAUAAGAAAUGCAACACGAGGUUUAUUCCUUUAAAUAUAAUGCCAUCAUAAAUGAAUAAUGGGAAAUUGUUACAAAUUGCUUUAUAAAUAUUAAUGCUAAAGGCAAAGCCAAAGACCUAAGACCAAGAGGUGCAGAGGCAGAAAAGAAAAUUUUGAUUCAUUUCAAUGUCGGGGAGUUCUUCAUCCACUAUUGUGUCUCCUCCUCAGAUUAGGCGUGAUGUGUUUCUCAGCUUCAGAGAGGAAGACACCCAUGACAGCUUCAUUAGCCAUCUUUAUGCUGAACUACAGAGGAAAAAGAUUGACACAUACAUUGAUUACAAACUAGGCAGGGGAGAAGAGAUUUCACCUGCACUGCACAAAGCAAUAGAAGAUUCAAUGAUUUAUGUCCUCGUUUUCUCCCAAGACUACGCAUCUCCCACAUGGUGUUUGGAUGAACUCAUCAAUGACAAGACUAUCGUGUUAAUAUUGUGGAUGUUGCAUGGCUUAAGAUCACUGACAAUGCAUAUAGGUUUGUGUUCUUUUACUUUCCAGGGAGAUCAGUUCCUCAUCAAUUCCCUUGUCAUGGCAAGGGACAUUCAGUAACUAUAAAUACAGAUUCUCUAAAUUUGUGCAAUGAUGAUAGGAUCAUUGGUUUCGCUUUGUGUUUCUCCUUCGGAGUUUUAGAUAUGGAUGGUACUGAAGAUAGACAUGAUGAUUUUAGUUACAAACUAAAAUUUGAAUCUGCUGAUGGCAUACACGAUCUUCCUCCUGAGCCUUAGCGGCUAAGUAACUAUUUCUUUUGGACGGGUCGAGGCAGAGCUGUUGAUAGAGAUCACACAUUCCUGUGGAAACAUACCUUGGAACACACAAGCAUGAGCCUUAUGCCCUGUCAUGUUCGCAGUUUCACUUUUCAGAUCAGCAUCAGCCAAUAUUUCACAAUAAAAGAAUGUGGAAUAUGCCCUCUUUAUAACGAAUAAGAAGAUAACGAUGCUGGUUCUGGUGACCAUUCCGGCUUUCUGAGAUUUCAAGAAAUGACAUUGAAGAACCUGGUGGAAGCAAAGUUACAGAGUCUUGUAUGGAAACAAAACAAGAUAGAAGGAGGAAAGCCUUCAAUUAGUCUGCUAGUCUCGUGUUCUUCCGUGCUCGGUUUACAUGGCAUUAAACGGGUUCGUUCGAGUGUGUACAAAGAGAUUUCUAACUUCUAAGUUACAGUGAGAUAUAGAUUGAUGUUCAAUAUCAGCCUAAGUUGGCCUGCUCUGUUUUCCCACAGCUGUAAUUUCUUGAAACUCUUCCCACUUUGGCUUCAUAACUUGGGUUGAUGAUAACGCAAGUUAUUUCUUUUUAAUCUUUGGUUUGUGGUCUGUUUCCUGGGCUGAUUGACUUUGCUUUAACGUUUUUGUUUACCUUUUUUAAUUACCACUAAUAAGUGAUUCCUUUGGGCAAUCAUUUUUGUUAAAGGCUUUUCAAAUUCAGCUGGAUUUGGUGGAUACAACUCUGCAUGACAUUUCUACAUUCAGUCCUGAUUGUCUUGCUUAUCAGCGCUUCUUGUUGAAUGCGAGUCUAAACUCAAAUGUGUUCUUUCUUCACAAUGGGACAAAUUAUUUUAUUUGAGUCAUGAUUUACAAAUGUUGUGGCAUGUGAUUGUGAAUUCUGUGUUAAUUGUAGUUGGAUAAUCAAGUUGAAGACUCUUUAUUUCAAUGUAUAAUUAUUUGAAUGUAGCUCGGAGGUUUAAUUGGUUUUGAA